AGGUAACGAUUCUCCGGCUCUUCCCGGCGGAGUUUUAGCUGAACUCUGUGACCGAACUGUUGCUUCUGGAGAUCCUGAAGCCGUUUAGAGGAAAAAUGCUCCAACUUCGAGGCGACAGUGAGAGAUUGUCUGAUGAGGACAUGGACGGGGACCUGCUGGAGGCCAGAGACAACUUUAAGACGUCGUGUGCGAAGGAGGUGGCACUGCUGGCGCUGAUGGAGAAGACGGGCUACAGCAUGAUCCAGGAGAAUGGGCAGAGGAAGUACGGCGGACCUCCUCCAGGCUGGGAGGGCCCGGCACCGCCGCGUGGCUGCGAGGUGUUUGUGGGGAAGAUUCCCAGAGACAUGUACGAGGACGAGCUGGUUCCUCUGUUUGAGAGGGCCGGAAAGAUCUACGAGUUUCGCCUGAUGAUGGAGUUCAGCGGGGAGAACCGCGGCUACGCCUUCAUCAUGUUUACCAACAGGGAAGAUGCCCAGAGAGCCAUCCAGAUGCUGGAUAACCUGGAAGUCCGUCCUGGGAAGUUCAUCGGCGUGUGUGUGAGUCUGGAUAACUGCCGCCUCUUCAUUGGCUCCAUCCCCAAAGACAGGAAGAAGGAGGAGAUCCUGCAGGAGAUGAAGAAGGUGACAGACGGUGUUGUGGAUGUGAUCGUGUACCCCAGCUCCACCGACAAGAACAGAAACCGCGGCUUUGCCUUCGUGGAGUACGAGUCCCACAAAGCAGCAGCCAUGGCCCGGCGGAGGCUCAUCCCUGGAACCUUCCAGCUGUGGGGUCACACCAUCCAGGUGGACUGGGCCGAGCCGGAGAAGGACGUAGACGAGGAGCUGAUGCAGAACGUCCGGGUGCUCUAUGUCCGGAACCUGAUGCCCAACACGACGGAGGAGACUCUCCACCAGGAGUUCUCCCGUUUCAAACCCGGCUCGGUGGAGCGGGUGAAGAAGCUGACGGACUACGCCUUCGUCCACUACCGUUGCCGUAGCGACACCUUGACAGCUCUGAGUCUGAUGAACGGAGCUCAGAUAGACGGAGCCACGGUGGAGGUGAUGCUGGCCAAGCCAGCGGGGAGCAAGGAGGCAGCGCUCCCCGGGAGGAGGUACAGAGGAGGAGGAGGAGAACGCACAGAGGGCUCGCUCCUCCAGCAGAGAAAUGGAGGGAUGGCCAAAGCCAGAGCCUGGGCCCUGCCACCUCACCAGGGAGGUGCUGGAGGAGAGCCGGAGCGGGUCAUACUGCCCCUGCUGCCCGGCACCCCCCUCAGUCCCACCAGCCCUCUGGCCCUGAAGCAGAGUCAGAUCGGAUCGGCCGUCAGUCUGCUGGACUGCUACUGUCAGAAGAACUUCUGGUCUGCACCCGAGUACCACCUGUUCUCCUCACUUGGACAGAACGGCACACUGAUGCUCAUCUACAAGGUGGUGCUGCCAUCCACACAGAGCACCUACAUGCCUGACAAGCUGUGUGUGCUGCUGGAGGACGCCAAGGAGCUCGCUGCUCAGACCACUCUGUGGAACCUCGAACUUUCCAUCCUCCCAGGAGCUUCCUGUGACUCCCCCAGCAGCCCCUCCUCCCCUCUCUCCCGCUCAGAAGGGAAUCUGAGCUGUGAUAGCUGGGCCUUCUCCUCCUGCCUCUCCCCUCCUCCUCCCCCAUCCUCCUUCACAAUGCCCCCUCUGCCCUCCUUGUCCACGUUCCUCCCCACUGCGUCCCAGCCUCAGCAGCUCUACAUCCGCUCCCAGUCCCCGUUCUACUGACGGAGACUCACCUGCAACAGGAGGUCUCCACCCCCUGGCGGAGGAGCAAGAGGAGUGCAGACGUGUUUGUGGCUUCGUCUGUUUGCGUUCUGAAAUCUUAUCUGUGUUUGAGACGAAGGAUGAAGGAAGUUUCCACUGAGCUGCUCUGAUGAGCUCCUCCUCCUCCCGCUGCUCCUGUUAUCAUCGACACACACACACAUCAGCUUCUCCUCUCAGGUGAGAUCCCAGCAGGAGCCUCCUGAAACCACACAACAAACCCGUUAUCGUGAUGACAGAGGAGGAGGAGGAGACGAGGAGCCUCCUCAUCCUCUCCCUGAUCUCCUGCUUUCAUCUUCACCUGACUCAUCUGAAGGCCAACCGACUCCUCCACUCCUCACAGCAAUCUGCAGGUGCAGGAACACCUCCUGCUGCUCCUCCUCAGGAGGAGUUCUGAAGGUGAAUCACCUGUUUAGAGGAGGAAGGUGGCAUAUCCGGAGUAACCUAAUCCCUGUGAUGGCAGACUUCAUCACCUCCUCAGCAGGAAACGCCGGAUCUGUUAUUAAAGUUUUUACUAAAUCGGAUUAUUAGAAGCCAGCAAUAAUAACAACUAAUAAUAAAUCAGUAUUAAUAAUGAUAAUAAAGAACAUCAAUAAAACUAAAUGUCAGUUAUUUUAAUAAACAUUAAUAACAUAAAUCAUCACCUGUCUGAUUUUAAACUUUCAUGAAAUUUUACAGAGAAGAGAUAAAAUGAGGAACCUCCCAGGUCUACGGAAAGCCAAUAUAAUCAGAAACAGUCAGAUAAAUCCAUCUAACAGGUAAUUGGCUGUGAACUAAACUGUUGUACAAAUCUAGUUUUAAACAAGUGGCUUUUGUAUGAAAAGUUUAUUCUUAUUCAUGGAACACUUUAAUUACUGAAAACAAACAUUUUAAAAACCUUGAUGUCCAAAAUUCAUUUAAAAAGUUUCAUUUAUCAAAUGAAAAUCCAAAUCUCUGCUUUGUUGUCUUUCACUUUUGAAGUUAAAUGUUAUAUUUGGAUUUUUUUCUUUACUGUAUUAUUCUGGAGUAAAUCUUGUUUUUGUUUUGUUUUUUGCAGCCAUGUUUAUUAUUUAGGUAAAACUGUUUAUAGAUUAUUGUCCUCAAUGGCUUUCCUGUUUAUAGAUUAUUGUCCUCAAUGGCUUUCCGUACAGGGCUGGUAGAGAGCUUUCAGGGUUUUAUUCUAAUUAAAGUUUUAUAAAACAUUGUUAAGUGAGAUGGUGCUGAGGGGCGGAGGUAUGUCAUCAGAGGAGGAGGGGCUAGAGGAGGGGGAGGAGCUAGAGGAGGGGAGGAGCUAGAGGAGCAAACACAAACAUUUUAAUUGUCUCUCAUUCUCAGAUGUUUGGAGCUCAGAAGGUUUAGAGUUGAAUCGAUUAUUUCAGGAGCUUUGAUGCUUUUGUUAGUUGAGUCUGAGCAGCUGGUUGAUGUUUCUGUUCACACAAACUAAUUUGUUUGUUUGUUUGUUUGUUUGUGUAAAAAGUUCCUCAGCAGCUGUUGUUUGACCAGAACUAUUUUAGAUGAACUGACCAAUGAGAGCAGGAAGCACUGGUACUGGUUAGCCACGUUUAACUACAGCCUGUUGUUGGUUUCAUCAUUAGAAUGUUUGAGCCGUGAAUCAGGAAGUGGAAGUUGGAUUAUUUAUUAUCACACCCGCAUUAAAGGACAUUAAAUAUCCUGCUGAAGAUGUUUGUACGCCUGAUGUCAGAUGUUGGGUUUAAUCUCAGCCGACUGAGGAAAUAAAUCUGAGUUAUUCACUAA